UUCUAGUUCCAAAAAAUUUUCUAUUGGCUAUACUGAUAAGUAAGUUUGGCAAUAUAAUCUGUCGCGGGAACACAAUAUUUUAAGAACGAAGAUUCUGAGACAAAAAGAGGUUAUUUAUUGUCACCCGGUGUACACGGAGGUUAUGUGAUCACUUAAAACGAAAGAUAAUUUAAUAAUUUAAUAAUACAAAAUGCUGAAACUGCUCAGACUUAGUCACAGGCUCGAUCGGCUCCGUCGUAGAUCUGAGAAUUUUGCAAUGCAAGUGCAGAGAAGAUUAUUCUUAUCGGAGGCGUAUCGCUGCGAGGAAGCGUGGAAUCGCAGAUUGGAGUCGCCGCUGCUGCAAAAGAUCGACCCGACGACGAUGUAUCUUGAAUUGGAGCAAAAGUAUAACAACGUGGGCAAAGUGAGCGCCGUCGACGUUGACAUCUUCGUCAAUAGUGUCACCGACGAUACGUACGUCGACGAAGUGAUAAAAAUUCUAUACAACUUCAGGCGAUCCGUGGAAACGACGAACAUGCUUGAUUCCACACACCACGCCGUAAUACGAUAUCUCUUGCAACAUGAUUACAUUCAGGAAUUGCACGAGGUGCUAAAUGAUAGGCUCAACUAUGGUGUCUUUCCUGAUCAUUUUGAUUACAACAUGCUCAUGGAUCAUUUUAUAAAGAAGAAGGAUUACGCCUCUGCCGCUAGAGUAGCAACCUUGGUUAUGCUGCAGGAAGAUUCAGAUCAUCCUAUUACCAAUGCAUUAUGCUUAUAUGCAUGUCAUAAAUAUUUGGAAAAUCCUGAUGAUUGGAAGAAACCUGAGGUUCCAGUAGAUACUUCCAAGGAGGAAGUAAAGAUACGUGUAAAAUAUUUAAGAAAUCCGUUCUUUGAUGAUCAUUUUGAUCUUACUGAUCCUAGAGAUCUCAUUGGCAAGACUCUAAGUUUUCAGGGAAAGCAUAGGGCAGAUGCUGUAGGAAGAACAUGUCAGUUGAGAGGUUUGAUAUUGUAUAAGAAGUAUGACGAUGCAUUAAAUUUAAUAAAACAAUGGUUAGAAACAGUGCAAAACAAAAUAGUUUAUAAUGAAGUAUUUGAGUUAAUAUCAAAAGACAACAGUAAUCUUCAAGAUCAAGAUGCUGAAAAAUUUAAACUUGUAGAAAUUCAAUUGUCUGCGUUGAAGGAAAAACAAAAUCUUAAAGAAAGUUUAAGUGAAGCGAUAGAAAAUCUUAUUAAAACAACUGUAAAUGAAGAAACUGAUAAGGAUAUUUCUAAACAAUGUCAGGCUUAUCUUGACUGGGAACGUGUGAGAGUUUCAAUACUAGAAACACAAAUGAAAGAAAUAGAUAAAGAAAGAAGAAUUAAGAAGAUAGAACAAAUAAAGAAGGAUUUAGAAGAAAAAGAACAACUUUUGACUUUCUUCGACAAAGAGGAAGAAAUUGAAUUGAAGAUAGAAAAAAUAGAAGAAAAAGAACGUAAAGAAGAUGAACGUAUCCGUGCCAUGCCUAAAAGUGCAAAGAAAUUAAGACAAUUGGUUGCUACUGAAUCUUAUGUACCACCGGAAAUUAAAAAUAAAACAUAAAAAAUAAAAUGUAAAAAAUAAAGAGAUAGGACAAGUAUAUUAUGCAUACAGGAUUAGAACAAAAAAAA